AUGGAGUCUUUGCUUAUUUGGUCUUUUCAGAAGCCUCCAUCUUCACUUCAUUUUCCAGCCACUGCAGAACUAUAUUCACUCCCCACUGGUUCUCGUGUAGAAGCUCAAUAUUGUAAGUGCAAAGCGUUGGGAAACCCAGAAAAUAACCAUGUCAUACCCAUGAGAUUACAGUGGCACAGGCAGCUUGCAACGCAGCAGUUUGUUAGAAAUAAUGUUAAAAGAAUAGUUGCAUUAAGUCCAAGAUGCAGAUCAAAAUAUCUGGUGAAUGCUACUUCUGAACACUCUCUUGAAUCCGAACCUUCCAAGAGCCGUGGGAGAUCAAUUCAACAUGCAUUGAAUGCUUUCUACAGGUUUUCACGGCCUCACACAGUAAUAGGAACAGCAUUGAGCAUCAUUUCAGUUUCUCUCCUUGCAGUAAAAAAUCUCUCAGAUUUUUCUCCAUCAUUUAUCACUGGGGUGUUAGAGGCCGUUGCUGCAGCCCUGUUGAUGAACAUAUACAUUGUGGGUUUGAAUCAGCUGUCUGACAUUGAAAUAGAUAAGGUAAACAAGCCAUAUCUUCCAUUGGCAUCGGGAGAAUAUUCAGUCAUAACUGGAGUGAUGAUUGUCUCAUCUUUUGCCAUGUUGAGUUUUUUGCUUGGAUGGAUUGUUGGUUCGUGGCCAUUAUUUUGGGCUCUUUUCAUCAGUUUUGUACUUGGAACUGCAUAUUCCAUCAAUCUACCAUUUUUGAGAUGGAAGAGAUUUGCAUUUGUUGCAGCAAUGUGCAUCUUGGCUGUACGAGCGGUGAUUGUUCAAAUAGCCUUUUAUCUGCACAUCCAGAUGCAUGUUUAUGGAAGACCUGCUGUCUUUUCGAAGUCUGUGAUUUUUGCAACUGCCUUCAUGAGCUUCUUCUCAGUCGUCAUAGCGUUAUUUAAGGAUAUACCUGAUAUUGCUGGGGACAAGAUAUAUGGCAUUAGAUCUUUUACCGUUCGAUUGGGCCAGCAGCGGGUCUUUUGGAUUUGUAUUUCGCUUCUUCAGAUGGCUUAUCUUGUUGCUUUGUCAGUGGGAGUAAUAUCAACCUGCAUCUGGAGCAAAUGGAUAACGUCACAAAUGCUUCAAAUAGAACACAUAGCUACGUGCUCCUUGUACAUCAUAGACCAUCAAGAAUCAGAUGAGAUGAUGUCACGUGUUCUAAAUUCCAAAUUAGCAAAGAAACCAGAUUUAAAAAAUCGGGUUUGGAGAUUGUAA